GUAAAUAGCAUCGCUUAAUAGACUGACUCAAUGGCGCUAAUGAUUGCGUUUAUUUGCAUUUUAUUUAGGUGUUUAAUAUCUAUAUAUGUUUAAACUGGUACAUACAUACAUAUACACAGUGUGUGAUUGCUUAAUUUAUUGAUCUGUCAUUAAAAUUUAGUAUCCACCGUACUACAGCCCGUGACCCGAGAUUGUAUGAGUAGUUGGGAGUUUUAGCUCGUUGAUAAUAAUGCAUAAAAAUUGACACCUCAAAUCGAUUAUUGGUGCUAAAUUAUUUAAUAAAAACGAUGUCCCAAUAAUGAUGUUCCCUCAAGAGUUGAUUGAACUUUAAACACAAUAGUGACGUAUGUUAAUUUUGUAUAUCGAUAUCUCGUACUGUUGGAGUUCAAGAUAUAUUUACGUAAUCACAUUUAUGAACUGUCAGUGUCAGACGUGCACGUUCGCUCAAUAUGGAACGACAUUCCGAAUUAACGUUUGAUAACAUAAUUAAAAACAAAUUAAAUCCCAAAGUGUUGAAGGAAUUUAAUAAAAUAUAUUACGGCCGUGAGGACCAUUGUGAGUUGAAAGUCAAAGAAUCAUCGUUGAAAUCAAGCGAAGAAAAUAACUUCGAAUUAGCUGCGUAUUCUUUUUCCGCUGCCCAAGAAUCUAGACCGCCAAGACUAGUUAAGAUCGGACUCAUACAACAUUCUGUUAUAUUACCGACAUGCGAAUCGAUCCGUGAACAAAGAGAAGCGAUAUUUACUAAAAUUGAAAAAAUCAUAAAUACGGCUGCAUCAGAGGGCGUUCAAAUAAUAUGCUUGGAAGAAACAUGGUCGAUGCCAUUCUUUCUAUGCACGAGAGAAAAGGAAAAGUGGGCUGAAUUUGCCGAAUCAGCAACAAAAGGUCCUAGUGUAAUUUUUUUAAAGGAUUUAGCAAGAAAAUAUGGAUUGGUAAUUGUGUCUCCUAUAUUAGAAAAAGACGAUGUCGGAACAUGGUGGAACACGGCUGUGGUGAUCGACGAGGAAGGGAACGUUUUGGGUAAACAUCUAAAGAAUCAUCUACCAAGCGUGGGCAGUUUUAGUGAAACGCCAUAUUACGCCCCGGGUAACAUGGGCCACCCAGUGUUCGAUACAAAAUACGCCAAAAUUGCGAUAAACAUUUGCUACGGGCGGCAUCAAGCGCUCAAUUGGUUGAUGUUAGGUUUGAAUGGAGCUGAAAUCGUGUUCAAUCCUUCGGCCACUGUAGCCGAAUUCGGGGAAUCAUUCUGGAAUAUCGAGGCUCGAAACGCAGCCAUCGCGAACGGAUACUUUACUUGCAGCAUCAAUAGAGUUGGCACGGAAACAUUUAAUUCGACCUCAGGUGGUACUAUCGAGAGAACUUAUUAUGGAUCCAGUUAUGUUACAGCGCCUAACGGAUGUAGAACUCCGGCAUUAUCGAGAUUAAGGGAUGGACUUAUGAUCGUGGAAAUAGACUUGAAUUUGAACAGACAAGUAAGGGAUCAAUGGGGCUUCAACAUGACGUCAAGGCCCUUGCCAAUGUCAUCACCCCGCAGCCCAAUGGUGAAAUGGAAAGUCCCAGUUUAAAACUUGAAUAGAGAAUUUCAGCUAUAUAUUAAGCUUUAAGUCGAAUGACUUUUGUUGUGGAGAUAGGUGAUCGACCUCAUUAACCGAUCUGAUGUAAGUCGUUACUC